CGUCUGGUUAACCCUCAGUCGUGUUCGAGACUUCAAGUUGCUCUGUCGUUUUGUACUGCAAUUUUAAUAGCGUUUGUCAACCGAAAUAAUUUUGCACUGCAGAUUAAAACUUCUCAACUUGGACAUCUCAGGUUUUGCGUGUACCAAAUUUUACUCUGUUAGCUCUAGAAAACACAUUUGAGUCAAGAUGAUGUCGAGCCCAGCUGUAGAUAUGCAAGUGGAGGAGGCACCUCUGGCCCUGCGCCGUCUGUGGAACCUGACCAGAGCCCGACUAGCUGGAACAUCCACUGCUCUUGAUGAGGAACCAGCACUAGUGGAAACACUGCCUCCGGCACAGGAACCCGAAGUUACACAUAAAUCAUUGAUACCGGCUGCAAGUGAUUAUGAAAGUGAUGGAGAGGAAGCAUUUCAUGAAUUGGAAAUAUCGGAUCAUUAUGAGGUCCAUUCCAAGACUUUUUGGUCAGGAAGCGCAUAUGAGAAGGAAGUUACGCUCGAUGCCAGCAUUCUUGGAGAUAUCCCUGCCGUGUACCGAGUACCCAAGCCUGCUCCGCAUCAGAUGCCAGUCAUCGGAGUAUACAUAGACCCACGAGUCAGAACUGGAUUCCGAUACAAAAUUAGACCAAUGCAGGCUUUAGACGCUGCGCCACUCUCCGUGAAGCCGAGAUAUUUGUUCGAUGGCAAGGCCUUGACUCUGCAGUCUAUCGGCCGUGGUUACGCUCGUCGGUUAACAUUUGAGCCUCUGAACUCUACUUUGAAUGAAAAUGCUAAUUACUUUUGGACUGACUCUCGUCCGGAAGGAUUUGUAUUUGAGAUUGAAGCAGUUUCAGUUGGGGAUAAAUUUACCAUUUACGAUGCGAACCACGAGCCUCAGGGUUUCCUUGAGGUCGUUCAGCAACAGAAGAGCCAAAUUGAGUUGGACCAAAAGAUCGUUGAAGACGGUUCGAUUGAGAAGAAAGUAAAGAUCAACACUCUUUGCAAAGUUGAGUGGUAUGAAAAUGAUGCUGCAACAAAACUAGUCCCGGUAACAGGGGUAGCAUUAUUGAAAAAGGGUCGUGGAAAUGCUGAAAUUACUAAAGUCGUGAACGUAGCUAUUGGAAUCAAACAGCUUAAGAAGGGAUAUGUGCUCAAGCCGGGUGUGAAAACAUCUUCUAGGAAGAUAACCGUAAACGGAGGAGCAAUUAAUGACAUUCCUUGUCAAUAUAGUCUUGUUGGGCUGGAAAGAUAUGAACUUCCUGUUAUAGGAACAUACGUUGAUCCCCGUAUUAUUGCUGGUUUCUACUAUCGUGUUCGUCCAGCCAGCAGCCGACGUCAUCUAUUUGAUGGUCGCAGUCUCCUUCUGCAAUCUAUUGGAAUGGGCUAUGGGAAACGUAUCACCUUCAAACCAGAUUCUCUCAAUGCACCAAAUAACUAUUUCUGGUCCGACUCCCACCCAGAAGGCGUAGGAAUGGAAGUGCGUGCCAUCCAUCCUGACAUGAAAUUCUACAUCACAGGAAACGAAGGCCUGGUGAUUGGAGAGGCUGUCGUAUUCCGUGCUGACUUGCCGCAAGUUGAAAAGAAAACAGAAUACGUCGAUGUUCCAGGGCAGCGCGGACCAGCAGUGGAGAAACACGUUCAAGUUGACGUCACUUGCCACGUUAAAUUGGCCACCACUGGAGGUGGCUCGGCCGACUCCGAGGUUCACCUCAUGAAAGUAUCCGGCACAGCCCUCGUUCGCAAAGAUCCUAGCCAGCCGAUCGCGAAACUUGUGAAGCUGUACAACGUGGGAUUGGACUCCCAGCUCAACUUGCUGUUCGCACACUCACAAACCGAGCUGACCUUCCACCCCCUGCCUUAAAGAACUGCGAGCGUCGAAUGGUGUUGCAAUACAUAAAAUGAUUCUGUCAUAAAAUUGUAUUGAAAUGCCACUAUUUGCUUGGCGCGAUAUGAGCUCCAACAAACGAUAGUUAGUGUCAAAUCGAGCUUACAUUGGAAACGUCCAUCUUUGCAGUAAUUGCUCUGGUAGCCCGAUUUAGACAAACAGCUUCCAAUCAAUUUGAGAACUGCCAGUAUUUGAUGAAAAUCAUGAACCGAUUGGCAUGUUUAUUAAUUGAUUCGACCAUUGAAGAUAUUCUUUUAUAUAAAAUUCCCCUAAACGGUAUUUGUGACUACGCUGUAUUGUAAGGGACUAUUUAUCAAUCUUUGAAGUUAUCGGAGAGAGCAAUAAAGGCUUACUAUCUAAAAUAAUUGUUUUACAGUAAAUUUUUCGUAAUUUUGACUUUCUUUAAUUUCUUAAUAAAUAUAUAUUUUUGUAUGA